AUGGAUAGAAAGCGUGCACCAUUACCACCACCAUUACCAUCAUUUGUUCUUCGUUCUUUUGCAUCUGGAGUGACAUGUGUUAAAUAUGAUUUAAGAGAUUCAUUACGUCUCUACGUAGCUGAACAAGAGGGUUCAGUUUACUUAUAUAAUCUUCGUACACGUCAACCGAUUCUUACAUUGCCGGAUGCUCACACAUCAACAAUACUUGGUUUAAGUCAAUUGAUUGAUAGAAAUAAAUUAGUAACAUUUAGUAAAGAUGGUUUUGUUAAGAUUUGGAAUGAUAAUGGCCAAUGCGAAUGGAAUUAUCAAACACAUCAUUGUUCAUUUUCAAACUGUGAUAUUAUUUCACCGAAUCUGAUUCUUGCUCCAAUUGGUAAUAACAAUUCAACAAUUGCAGCAUUUGAUUAUCAAUGUGCUAAUCCUAUCGUUAAAAAAUUUACUCCUCUAUCAACAGAUAUUAAUAAUGGAAUGGUAAUGAAAUUACGUGUCUACGAUAAUCGUUUACUUUUUGUUGUUUAUGAAAGUGGUUCAUUAAAUGUCUUUGAUAUUCUAACGACGAAACAACUGGAUGCAUAUCAAAUAACAUCGGAUCACGAGCCAGUAACAGCUAUGGAUGUCGUUUGUGAUACUUGCAUAUGUGGUACAACAAAAUCAGAUUUAAUCUCAAUUGAUUUUUCAUCAUCAUCAUCAAAAUUACAACCAACACCAACAUUUCGUCAUAUAGAUUUGCCAAACGCUGGCACAAGUUUUAUACGAUGUCGACCUGAUGACGGAAAAUUGAUCGCUGCCGCUGGUUGGGAUUCAAGAGUCAGAUUAUUUCGAAGAGAAACCGGAAAACAAUUAGCUAUGCUUGAUCUACAUCGACAACAAGUGAAUUCAAUUGAUUUCGAUUUUCAUACAAGACAAAUAGUUUGUGCAAGUGAAGAUCGAACUGUAUCGAUUUGGGAUGUUUAUAAUAAUGAAUUAGAAUUAUCUAAUGAUGAUGAAACUGCUGAGAAAAUUCUCGAUGCUAAAAAACCAGCUCACUGUAAAGCUUUGGGAAGACACGUGGAACCGUUCAAUGAAGAACCAUGGAUGGAGAAUCGUACAGAGAUUGUUUGA